CCCUGUCAGGAUUCUAUGAGUUCUUAGAUUGAGUCAGUAGGUCUGUCAGUCAGGGGUUAGAGUCUACGUGGUGAGGUUUGGAACCGUUAAUCCGGUUGUGCACUGAUCACCAUGGUCAACACCCGAAGUGGGAAGAGCACUAGCCCCUACACCCAGGAACAGCAAGAGAAGAUGGUCGCCUUAGUGAGAGAGAACAAAGAGAGGAAAGAACUCCAGAAACAUGCGAAGCUAAAGGCCAUCGCACAGGAACAGGCGGCGAAGAUGAGGAAAUUGGAGGAGGAGAUAAAGAGAGUUCAGCAGGAGGAGGGAGAGAGGAGAAAGGUUGCCGAAGAGGAAGCAGCAGCAGAAGAGGAAAAAGAGAGAAAACGUAUUGAAAGCAGAGAGGAGAGUAGUGGCACGAAGAAGGAUGAAGACGCAGAGACGGAGAAGAAGAUUAGCGAGUGGAUAGCUAACUUAUGGUUGGGGGAAGAUGAGGAGGCAGAGUUCUAUGUGCCCCAGGACGAGAGGGAUGCAUUGGCAAGUGAGCUGGCAGCAAUGGAAGACCCCUUGGAGAGGCAAGAAAGGGAGGAGGAAAAGAAGUUGGAGUGGAAAUUGAGAAUGAAGAGGGAAAAGAAGAGAAGGAGGGAUGACGUUAACAGGUUGACCGCAGAGGUGGCGAAGGUGAAGGACUGUAGGCAGGAGGUGGAGGCUCAGACAGACACCUCAGCCAAAUGGGAUAAGGUGUUGGGGUACCUCGAGGUGUUGAGCGCAGCUUGGAUGGAGGAACGCCAAGCCAAUAGAGCUCAAGAGGUAGCCCUGAAGUGGAGGAGUGCCAAGGCACUCAAGGCAGUGAUGGACGACCUGGUGGCCGUCCCGAACCAUGGGGUGACUGAGUCCCAGUUGGUCCAACUAUUUUAUCGUGCCAUGCCAGAGCCCCUGCGUGGGCACUUCUUUGACAAGUCCCAACAGCCCGCCAUGACGUACGAUGCACUCAGUAGAAAGGUGGUGCUGUUUGAGGCCAAGUCCAUGCCAAUUUCCACUAUCUGGCAUAAGGCCUUAGACAAGGGCAAAAAGUGGAAAGGUCGUACCAUCUCAGGCCAAGUGAGGGCCAAGGAUCACAUGAUCCUUACCUUAGAGGAGGGUGGUACAGAUGAGGUCCCAUAUAGUCAGAUUGAGUGGGGCCUUGAGGAAGAGGACAAUAGCGUGGGACAAGGGAGGUCCUAUGCUGCUGUCGCGGUUGACGGGAGGCCGCAAAGUAGAGGAGGAGGCCAGGGCCAAAGGGGCCAGGCCAUGGAAGGCCGAGGACCAGGCGCACAGGGGGUUGGCGGACAAGGGAACCGCCAAGUGGGAGGUAGGGGUCAAGGUCCCCCGCCAAAUCGUCAAGGUUCUUAUCGGUCCCCACAACGACGAGGUGGAAGGUCACCUCAAGGAGGAUGGCACCCAGGCUUGCCACAAGGCAGGCCCUGGGAAGACCUGGGCUUGGACCAGCUCGUAUGGCAAGAACGCGUGAGCUUGGGUUAGUGCAUGUUUUGUGGUGAUCCGGCCCACGUAAUCAAAUUUUGUCCUCAGU